GGCAAUCUUAGGAGUAGUUUCCAUAGUAACUACGACGUCUUCUCGCCGACUCUCCCCCUCCGGGUGGAAUAGAACUCACAACAACUUUACGGAACAUCCCAAGCAGCACAAGACCUUACCGGACAGGUGGGAGAUGAAACGCGCCUUUGCUCCAAAAUGGCAGAGCCAGAGCCAGAACCAGAGCCGCAGCCGCAGCCCGAGCCGGUGCCGGGGUCGGGGUCGGUAGAAGAACAGGAACAGCCUGAAAACAUUCUGAUUACUGAAGUGCAGAAACAGCCUACAUUGCCAGUGUCUACAACUGAAACAUCUAGGACUAAUGCCCAACUACUUGAAGUAGUGUUAGCUAUAGAUCAAGUACCAGAAACUUCUGGGCUAGCUCCAAAGGUUUCAGUGCCACAAAUUGAGACUUGGUCUCCCUCUUUAUCUUUCCAAACUCUUGGAUCUUUGACGAAUUAUACUCCAAGGACUGUGAUCAGAUCAGUGGAAAACAUUGUGCAGGUUCAAGAAGUAGCAUCUCAAGAAGCGGUACAACAGUCUGCUCCAUUAGCUGAGGAACUUCCUGAGAAUGAGCCAAUGCCAACAGUUUAUCUAGAUCCUUUUGAGAUUUCUCUUCAAUAUGUGGAGAAGCAUAACAUCCUGCAGAUAUUUCAGGAGAUCACGGAAAACUUGGUAUAUGUGAAACCUGAGAAUCCAUUAGAGUUUAUAUUAAAUCAGGUCCAGACAAUGAUAAAUCAGAGGAAUCAACCAGAUGAGGAAAAUGAAAAGCAAUAAUAAAUACAACUGAAAAUUUAAGGAUAUAUCUUUGGACACUCUAAAGAGGACAACAUGCUGCCAUGCUACCCAUUUUUAUCCUGUCUGUAUGCAUAUCUUACAGAUCUAAACAAUAUCUGCGGUAACUAAAUACUCCCCAUGCAGAUGCUAGUAUACCUAGAAUAACAACAACCACAAAACCAUGGUUGCCUUAGCACAGAUAGCAGAGAAUUUAGGAAAUGCAUAUUCACACAGGUGCUGUACUUCUCAUUAGUACUUUUGCACUAAUCUUCAUAAUCUGGAAGGUCGUAUGAUCUUAUGAAAGUAGUUGAACUGCAGAAUGGGUAAUGUAAAUAAUCUCUUCCUGCUUUCUAUGAGUGGGAAUGUAAAAAUAAACCCCUUUCACAUUAAAAAAACCAUUCUAGGAUUUCAGAGGCUAGCCUCACCUUUUGGUGUAAGUUUGACGCUUGUACUGGUGGUUAGUUUUUUAUAUAAAUAAGUAUGAAAAUGUGAAGUACCAUUUUCAGAGUAAAGUAGAACUCUUCUGGUUUAUAAAUAUUUAUUUUAAUAUCUUUAAGAGAAUGGUUCCUAGACUAUUCAUCAAUAUGGAAAGGAUACGGUUUAGUACUGUUUAAAGAGCUACAUCUUGAUUGCGAACUUACAUUGAAGUUAUGUGUCACACUAGUUUAAAUAGCAAUUCUUCGUUUUAGCCUAAUUAUGAAUUGACUGUGGUUAAUCGACAAUCCUACCAAGUGAACUCUUCAUAAUUUACGGUGUAUUUGAAAUUAAUAUCAUGUUAAACUUAAAAUCCAGGUGCCAGAAUUUAUUUUGCAUUAUAUUGUUUGGAAACAUUAAUUGCAAUUUCUGAUUGAACCUGUUUGGAAAUGGAGAUAACUGUAAUGUAAGUGAAUAAGAUUAUCAUGUGUAGACAUUACCAUCUAAUGGCCACCUGGAAUUUUCCAGCCCAGGCUUGGUAAUUCUGCUUUCAUGCUAGCAUCAAAACAAUAAACUCUAC